UUACCGUACCAAAAUUAUUAAUAUCUGCUGGUUAUAGGCUUUUUCUUUCUUCCUCAACCUCAUCGAGUCUCAACAAAUCUAUCCAAAGCAAAACAAAAAUGGCGUCAAGGGACAAGAAACCAGCAAAACCCUCAAGCAGUCGAGCCGGAGGUAUCCGUACUCUCUCCGAUCUGAACCGGCGUUCCGGGCCUGACUCUGACAGCGACGACGAAGAUGCUCCUCAAGAGUACUACACUGGUGGAGAGAAAAGUGGUAUGCUUGUCCAAGAUCCUACAAAGGGUAAUGACGUGGAUGCAAUUUUCAAUCAAGCUAGACAGCUUGGCGCUGUUGAAGGGCCUUUGGAGAAUAUUAAUCAAUCUUCAAGCUCAAGUAGCUUUAGUGGAACUGGUAGAUUACUCUCAGGGGAGACUGUACCAUCUGCUCCUCAACAACCUGAAGCUGUUGUUCACAAUAUUGUUUUUUGGACGAAUGGUUUCACUGUAAAUGAUGGCCCUUUGAGGAGUCUGGAUGAUCCUGAAAAUGCAUCUUUUUUAGAGAGCAUCAGGAAGUCCGAGUGUCCGAAGGAGCUUGAACCAGCGGAUAGAAGGUCCUCAGUUCAUGUCAAUUUGAUUAGGAGGGAUCAAAAGUGCCCAGAACCAGAGAGGCAGCGCCAUGUUGCAUUCCAAGGUGUAGGGAGAACUCUAGGAAGCAGCAGUACUGCACUUGCAACUGAACCAACAGCUGAUUCUGCUCCUCUGAACUCUGCUCCAACCCCUUUUAUGGGUCUGGUUGUGGAUGAAACACUGCCAUCGACUUCAAUUCAGCUUAGGCUGGCUGAUGGGACACGCAUGGUGGCCCACUUUAAUAAUCAUCACACAGUCAAUGACAUUCGAUCCUUCAUAGAUGCUUCCAGGCCUGGGGCUGCUCUUAAUUAUCAACUGCAGUUGAUGGGGUUCCCACCUAAGCUUCUUACUGAUCCAACACAGACAAUAGAGCAGGCAGGCCUUGCCAAUUCAGUUGUUAUUCAGAAAUUCUAGCAAAAUCUGCAAGAGGGUUGCAUACUGUCUCUAGGCAUGAUGGAACUGUUUCUUGCAGCAAGUGAACCGAUUUUAUGAACAUGAAGACCUUGAAUAUAUGUUUCCUUGUAUACAAAAAGGAGGGUUGGCGGCUGGUUGAUUGGAAAAUGGAGUUGAAUUUUGUGAUUCCAAAAUGUAUUCUUCUGCGUUGUCUUGUAAAUUGUAUGCUGUUGUUUUGCUUGCUUGACAUUUUCUCACUGCCCACUUUAUUCAUGUUGCCGGCAUCUGUUCUUCCCC